GGCCCGGGCAGGCCGGAAGCGGCGCUGACGAGGGGCUGGCGGAGCGGGGCGCUGGCCGGAUGUGUAAUAGAGCAUGCUGCUUCAACGCAAAAGAUGCAACCUUAAGGCCUUUUCAGACACAGAGCACUUGACUCACCUGCUGCAGUAUGGAGCUCUGUGCCACAAUGGCUAGAAGAGGGAUUUAACCCUUGCAAAAGGAAGAAGUGAGUGUUAGCCCAAGAAGUGGCAGUUGUCCUGCAUUGGGUCCUCCCAGGCAACUCUAAAGCAUUGCCAAUGGAUGAACUGGUGCAUGACUUGGCCUCAGCCUUAGAGCAGACUUCAGAACAAAACAAACUGGAUGAGCUAUGGGAAGAGAUGGCGCUAAGCCCACGGCAGCAGCGGCGACAGCUCCGCAAGAGACGGGGCCGUAAGCGACGCUCAGACUUUGCACAUCAGGCAGAGCACGCCUGCUGCUACAGUGAGGCCUCAGAGUCCAGCUUGGACGAAGCUAUCAAGGAUUGCCGUGAGGUGCUGACAGCUAAUUUCAGUGACUCUGAUGACAUGGCAGUGGUCAAACGACACCCAGCUCUUAGUGCCACCCUGAGGAGCAAGCAGCACCUGUGGCAUGAGUCAGACUCCUUUACAGAGAAUGCACCCUGUCGACCUCUCAGGCGCCGACGGAAAGUCAAACGUGUGACAUCAGAGGUGGCUGCCAGUCUCCAGCAAAAGCUCAGGGUGUCAGAGUGGAACUGUGAGAGGGGCUGCAGGUUCAAGUCAGCCAAGAAACAACGCCUUUCACGCUGGAAAGAAAAUGCCCCUUGGACAUCAUCCAGUCAUGGCCUUUGUGAAUCAGGAGAGAACAGGCCCUUCCUCAGCAAGGGGGGAAGGAAGGAGCGGAUGGAGUGUGAAGCUGAUGAUCAGAAACAGGGCUCAGAUGAAAACAUGUCAGAAUGUGAAACCAGCAGUGUGUGCAGCAGCAGUGAUACCGGCCUGUUUACCAAUGAUGAGGGCCGACAAGGAGAUGAUGAGCAAAGUGACUGGUUUUAUGAAGGAGAAUGUGUUCCAGGAUUCACUGUCCCCAACCUUCUUCCUAAGUGGGGAGCUGAUCACCGAUCUGAAGUGGAGAGGAUUGACUCAGGCCUGGACAAGCUCUCAGUUUCCACGUUCCUUUUGCCCUCACGACCAGCUCAGAGAGGAUUUCAUGCUCGCCUGAAUCGCCUUCCAGGAGCUGCUGCCCGUUGUCUCCGAAAAGGUCGGAGGAGGCUUGUUGGCAAGGAGACCUCCAUGAGCAACCUGGGCACCGAGAGGCUAGGUCAUAUUGUUAGUGAUCCGCGCCAGAAAGAUUUUUGGUUACCAUCCAUGGGGAAGAGAGAUCGCAACCAGUUCAAUCCGUUAUCUCCUCUGUACUCUCUGGAUGUGCUUGCUGAUGCUUCCCACCGAAGAUGCUCACCAGCACACUGCACUGCCAGGCAAACAAGUGUCCACCUGGGACCACCAUAUUCAAGGGACAUCAAGAGGAAACGAAAGCCAGCUGCAGCCUCCAUGUCUAGCCCAACAUCAGCAACUUUAUCUUUCCACAUGGAUGCAGCAGAAUCAGAGCUACCAGCAACACCAUCCUUGAGAUCCCAGAACUCUGAGUGGACUGGGAAAACACCAGCAACUGAGAAAUCUACUAUUGCUGCCUCCAGUAACUUUUUUAAAAUGCCACCAGAGAAGAGCCUUGGAUACAGCUAAAAGGACGCAUUGCAACUAUAAAAGCUUGCUCGAUUUUGGAAGUGUUUGGUUCUGGUGUGUAUCUGCACCAAACAUGUUGUUUGGUAGUAGUGGUAUCCUCAGUAUUGGUGUGUGAUGCGUGCCAUCAUCCAGACUGAUCUAUGUGCCCCACAUACCUAAGUCAUGUUUGUGACUCUAUGUUUAGGAAAAGGUAAUCACUGUUGGGAUCGCAGCGGCUUUUAAAAAUAUUCUUGCUAUUGCUGUAUUUAUUAUGCAUUCAUCUCUUUCCCUGAUGCCAGCUUAUAUGUAAUAGGUCAUGUACAGAUUCUUUUGGGUUUUCAGAUCUUUAUUCACCCCCUGGACAUGAUGCUUGUUUGUGUGUUUGGCAUUUUUGGGGGUGAAAGUCCCACUGCCACUCAGGGAGGCAGAAUUCUCUCCCUGCUUUUAUCCAGGCCAGAGGGAUUUCUUGGCUGGGGAACGAGGAGGGAAUGCAAACAGGUUGAAAUAUGGAACCUGAAUUCUAUGUUAGCAGAAGGUUUUCAGGCCAUGUGCUAAUGGACUCAAAUCAUGUUGCUUUUGGCAAAGCAAAUAUGGUGCUUGUCCACGUAGAAAUUGCCAUUGGCUCACUGGCAGCAUCAUCAUCCAUUAGACCUUUUCCUUCCCCCUUGUUCUGAAUGUCUUUAGUCUUGUGUAUUGCAUGUUCAUUCUUAAACCUCCUACUGAAUAAGGAUUUGGGAGAACUACUUUGGCAUAAAUAUGUAAGCUGGUGUCCUGGAAAGGAACCCGGGUCCCUCAAUGUCAUUGGAGUAUGGUAGAGGAUAUACAACACUUCCAUAUCUCAGUGUAUAAAUUAAAAAAAAUUCUGUUAGUGUUUCUAAAGGAUGCUUGCUGUUGAAGUUAACAUGCCAUUGAACAAAAAAACCACCUAAAGUGUCACCGGAGUUCAGAGCGUUAUGGGUUUUGAUCAGACUCCUUCUGUCUCCUGCUUUCCCUCCCCUCACAAGUAUUGUCUGCUAUACCUACUGGGGGUGUCUCCACCUGCUGAUGAUUGCACAUUACACUGCAGUGAACACUAAAGAGAUUCUCUUCAUAGAACUUCCACUUGGUCUGCUGUUACCUUCUGUGUUGCAGAAUAUAUAUUGGACAGUGAUUUCUUCCCUCUCUUUCCUUAAAUAACUCUGGAGCUUAUCUUGGGCUGUGUUUUCAGAAUAUAUACCUGCAUAGCAUGCGUCAAGGAACAGGUGGCCUCACAGCUUCUUAAGUCCUGUAAAAAUGGGAUAUAUUUGUAUGAAUAGAACUCUUUGCUUUCUUCAUUGUGUGGAGCUUUCAGACAGGACCAUUUAAACUUUUAAAAUUAAUUUUGAUUGUGGAAGUGCAGCUAGCACUCUUAAGCAGACAACAAAAUUUGCAUGUUUUUAGUGGUUUUGCAGUGUUCUGCUCUGCCUUAUAAAUCAAAUAGCUGAGGGACAGAUUUGAUUGUGAGAAUAUGAAGCAGUGAUUUAUAUUUAACUCUGUAUUAAAAUGUUAAGUGGUCAUAACAUACACAAAACAGAAAUUGAAUGACUUGCUAAAUCACAAUUGACAAAUAUAGUUGGUUAUACUACAGACAUACUGUCUGUGUCUGAUCCCCUAAUACCUACUUAUUCCUGGGGAGAUAUCCAAAUUGGAUUUAUAUUUUGCAGCCCAAGCAAACUGUCAGAUCUGUCAUUGUAAAUCCAUCUCAGAACUUUUUUUUUCUUUUUUUAGGGUGGCGCAUUUUUACCUUAAAGGAGGAGUACAGAGGUCUGUUUGGAUUACAGGGCAAACUGUAAGGCUUUUGUGGAGGAAGGAGUGCUCCUGUUUUGAAGUAGUCAUUGGUUUGUCUUAUUUGUAGUUAUUUUGAGCAAUUGUGUCUAAGGAGUAGCACAAGAAGUUUCAGCACUGGAGGACCUUUAAUCUAGAAAUGUGAGGGGAAGGUAAAUCUGAAGACGAGUAGCUUGUCUAUCUAAUACUCGUGAAUACAGGUGGUCACAUACUCCUGACAACCUGCAGAUAAAUUUUAGGAUUGGAAGCCUUGUAAUCUAAACUGCAUGCUACUCCAGUGACAGGGAGUGGUUCCCUAGAAGAGCUUUUGUGAAAUUGAGUGGGUUUGAUAUCACGAAGGACCCUCCACAACCUCUCUUGGUUUGAGUCUAUUCAACAGACUUACUCAGAUUACUGAUCAUUCAGCUAAAAUUUUAUAUUUAACCUUUGUAUUCCUCUUUUUAAAACCAAUUCUGAUAUAUCUUGCUACAUUCUGCGUAUUGUCCAGAGUAGUUCUUUCUCUUCUGUGGUGUCAUGAUGGUUUUAAAACUUGUGUAAGAAAAUGUUAGGGAAUCCAGAGCCUUCAUCUCAUUGCAGUGGGUGGGAGGUGGGUUGCCAUGCUUCACGUGACUUUUCUCUGGGGACAAAGAUAAUUUAUCAGAUUUUCCUAUUGAGGUCAGUAGCACUGUUAUCUGGUUAAGCCCUUACUUAGGUUGUAAGCUCCUAGGAGAUAUUUCUUGUCCUGAAAGGCUGAAUGUACCUGUGGCAGUACUGAAGAGUAACUGUGGCAGGUCUUGUCUUGGCAGACCAUACUUCCUACUAUGGCAAAUUUCUGGAAGCGUCAGGAGACUCAAAUUAUUGCAGCUGCCCUGUCUUUCCUAUUUCUACGUUAGAAUCCAUUUACAGGUCAGUUGCAUUCUCAACCAAAUUUGAUUCUCCUGAGGCAAGCUAAAUGAAUCAUGUAUUUUGUUACUCCUGGGUAUUUAUCAAAAUUUAUCUUCAGACUUCAGUAAGUUGAUACAGAUUUUAAUAUCUGCAGCAUUCUUAAGAUGAAUAAAAUACAUUCGUGGCUUUGUCUCUUU